AUGUUCAACUUCAAUAGAACCCUAAUCUAUCUGAAGGGAUUAACACUAUCCCCAAACCCUAAUCCUCUUCUCCACCACUACCCAUCACUGUUCUCUCUUCAUUUCUGCACCAACACUUCCGAUUCAACCUCAUUUGCUGCCUCCUACCUCAUCCACAAUUUCGGUUUCUCCCCACAAUUUGCUUCCAAACUCUGCUCCACCCACCGUCUUCGAUUCAAGACUACCCAAAACCCUGACUCUGUUCUCAACUUCUUCACAAACCAUGGUUUCUCAGACUCCCAGCUCUGCAAUAUGAUUUCCAAGGUACCUGGGCUACUUUGCUGCAACCCCUCCAAAAGGGUGUUACCAAAGUUUCAAUUUUUACUCUCCAAAGGUGCUUCUAACUCUGACAUUGUUAACCUUGUCAGUAAGAACCCUAGAGUCUUGUCUUGUAGCUUGGAGAAUCAUAUAGUCCCAACCUAUCAAUUGCUUUAUAGAUUCUUGCAAUCAGACAAGGACAUUAUUGCUUCUGCAAUUCAGAAUCCAGAUUUACUCUGUUACCAUAUUGUGCCGCGUAACAUUACAAUGCUGAUUGAGAAUGGAGUGUCUGACUCAAAUAUUGCAAGAUUGCUUCGGCUUCGGCUUCGGAGUCCGACAUUAAUGGCACGCGACACAAUGAAGUUUGUGGAGGAAGUGAAGAAUUUGGGGUUUAAUCCUCUUCUCCACCACUACCCAUCACUGUUCUCUCUUCAUUUCUGCACCAACACUUCCGAUUCAACCUCAUUUGCUGCCUCCUACCUCAUCCACAAUUUCGGUUUCUCCCCACAAUUUGCUUCCAAACUCUGCUCCACCCACCGUCUUCGAUUCAAGACUACCCAAAAACCUGACUCUGUUCUCAACUUCUUCACAAACCAUGGUUUCUCAGACUCCCAGCUCUGCAAUAUGAUUUCCAAGGUACCUGGGCUACUUUGCUGCAACCCCUCCAAAAGGGUGUUACCAAAGUUUCAAUUUUUACUCUCCAAAGGUGCUUCUAACUCUGACAUUGUUAACCUUGUCAGUAAGAACCCUAGAGUCUUGUCUUGUAGCUUGGAGAAUCAUAUAGUCCCAACCUAUCAAUUGCUUUAUAGAUUCUUGCAAUCAGACAAGGACAUUAUUGCUUCUGCAAUUCAGAAUCCAGAUUUACUCUGUUACCAUAUUGUGCCGCGUAACAUUACAAUGCUGAUUGAGAAUGGAGUGUCUGACUCAAAUAUUGCAAGAUUGCUUCGGCUUCGGUGUCGGACAUUAAGGGCACACGACACAAUGAAGUUUGUGGAGGAAGUGAAGAAUUUGGGGUUUAAUCCUUCGAAAAUAAUUUUCUCAGUAGCAUUGAUUGCCAAAUCAUCGGUAAGAAAAAACUUAUGGGAGGAAAAAGUUGAAGCUUUUAAGAAGUGGGGUUGGUCUGAUGAAGAUGCUUUUGAAGCAUUUAGAAAAAAACCUUAUUGUAUGUUAACUUCCGUUGUUAAAAUAAAUUUAGUGAUGAGCUUUUGGGUAAAUCAGUUGGGUUGGGAUGCUAUCGCCAUUGCCAAAACACCAUACAUUUUAUCCUUGAGUUUGGAAAAAAGGAUAAUUCCGAGGGUUGCUGUUGUGCAAUUUCUUCUCAGUAAAGGUUUGACAAAUAAGAAUGCAAGCUUAACUUAUCCAUUUGUUGUGUCUGAGAAGAUGUUUCUGGAUAUGUUUAUAAAACGUUUUAAGAACGAGUCUUCUUAUCUAUUAAAGUUGUACAAGGAAAAACUCAAUCAUACAUACACUAGGGAUAAGACAUGCAUGCUGUGA